AUGAUAGAAUCAGAUGGAAAUCUACGACUUCUGGGAAUCUCACGACUAAGUCAGUAUCUGACUAAUCUUCACUUUGACAAAGAUGAAGCUAAUUUAUGGAAACGGAUUUGGAAACUUAAUAUUACCCCUAAAGUGAAUAUGUUCUGUUGGAAAGUUGUGAAUAAUGCUCUUGCUCUUGGGAAAAACAUGUCUAAAUAUGUUAAGGAUACUGAACCAUAUUGCAUGAUGUGUGAUAAUCAUAAUGUUAAGGAUGGAUUGAAUUUAUUUGUGAAUUGUAGCUUUUCUAGGAAGGUCUGGAAAGCUUUUAAUCUGAAUAACAUCCACCUUAACAGUGGAAAUACUAAUAUCUUGCAAUGGUUUAAAACCUGGAUGAAUGUUAAAUCUCUUAAUGAAAACCACAAUUUGAUUUCUUUUAUCUUGUGGUCCAUCUGGAAAUAUAGGAACAGUGUGCAUUUUGAUAAUGUAGUGCCUGAUGUGCAAAAACUGAUUGAUAAUAUUAGAGCAUCCCACCUGAAGUUAAGUCUAGAUAGGGACAGUAAAGAUGGUCAUGUUUCUACCAAUGCUAAGAAGUCUCAUUACAACGGUCACAACUCUGACAGUGACAAUUAUGAUUGGUUUAUACACUUUGACGCCUCUUUUAUUGAAGCUGAUUACACUAUGGGAUAUGCAAUCUCUAUUCUUGAUAAAACAUGGACCAGAAAACAUUGUCGAGCAGGAUGCAGCUGGGCUUCCAUCCCCUUAGAAGCUGAAGCAAAAGCCGGAAUUGAGGCGAUAAGGUGGAUGGAGGAACUAAAGCUACAAAAUUGCUGCAUAAUCAGUGAUUGUCAAAUCUUGAUGAAAAUUUUGAAAGGUGAAGCAGAUCCUGAAAACCAACCUUAG